AUGCCGGUCAUCACGAUUAACGGUGUAAUUGGCAGCGGCACCCUGGAGAUCGGGCACCUGGUAGCUCAAAACCUCGGGCUCAACUACGUUGACCGUUAUAUUUUCUCGGAGGCGGCACGGUUGGUCGGUUCUCCGGUCAGGCGGUUGAUCGAGAAAGAGCAGCGGGUGGUGCCUUUCCGGGAGCGUGUCGCCAGGUUUAUGCAAACGGUGUUGGAGCGAUCGGCUGUAGCCGGCGCGGGGGCCGAACCGUAUUUUGGCCGGGGCAUUGAAAUGCUGCCUGCUGAAGCCUACACCGAGCUGGUGUCAGAUGCGGCGGCGUCAUCCGAAGUGCACGAUAAGGCGUUUAUCGAGGCCACCACUUCCGUAAUCAAAGAACUUGCCGCCAGUGGUGACGUCGUGAUCAUCGGGCGCGGCAGCAACAUGAUCCUGUCCGAUACGCCCGGCGUGGUCCAUGUUGGCUUGGUGGCGCCCACCGAUGUCCGCGUUGAUACGAUGGCCAAACGGGAGAUGUUCUCCCCUGAAGAGGCGCGCGCCUACAUGGAUGAACUGGAAACCGCCCGCUUGACGUUUUACCGCAAGUUUUUCCGGGCCAAUGCGAACGACCCCACGUUGUACCACGUCAUGUUGAACAUCGGGCGCAUUUCACAAAACACCGCUGCUGAGAUCAUCGGACACGCUGCCGCAGACAUCGGCGCGGCCCCUCGUACUGAUCGCGCGUUCCGGCUGGCGCCCAGUUGGUGUCCCCGCUUGAAAACCCGCGGUGCAUUGACUUCGGGAUGGGGCGGCCCGUUCCGAUUGGGAUUUGAUGUGAUACCCAUAUCUGACGGCGGUCGACCACGCGGUUCGUUUCCGGUUGUCAACGUAGCAUUGCUGGGGCUGAACGCCCUGGUUUUUUUGUAUGAGAUCGCCAUCGGAGGAUUCGGGUUCCUGUUUGGAGCGGACAGCGUUGGCAUAGUCACGUUCUUUUACAAGUUUGGGUUCAUACCUUCGGAACUGCCUUCCGGGGCUGCUUAUCAAGUCUUGCUGUCCGAAUCGGGCCUGCAAUUGAGCAUCGCGUCGCCCAUACCCACCUGGGCAACCAUACUCACCUCCAUGUUCAUCCACGGCGGCUUGAUGCACUUUAUAGGCAACAUGCUUUUCCUGUGGGUGUUUGGCGACAACAUCGAGGAUACGUUCGGCCAUGUGAAAUAUCUGGCGUUUUACCUGGUCGCCGGCGCGUUGGCCACACUAUCCCAUUUCGUAAUUGAUACUGGAUCGCAAACGCCGUUGGUCGGAGCCAGCGGCGCGAUUUCCGGAGUCAUGGGCGCCUACCUGCUGUUGUAUCCGCGCAAUCGUAUCCGCACGCUCAUCUGGUACAUCGUGAUCACCGUUGUUAACCUGCGGGCGGUGUGGCUGCUGCUCAUCUGGAUUGGCUUGCAGGUCAUCCAGGGGGUGCUGUCUUUUGGCGUCAGCAAUCAGGUGAGCACCGCGUUCUUCGCUCACAUCGGCGGAUUCGCUGUUGGGCUGGCGGUGGCGGGCGUUUACAAGAUGGUCUCUCGUGGCACGGAUGGGCCAUCCGGAAACCGGGGCCGGCGUUCAGGUACCCAGCCCCGGUAUUGGCGCGGUCGCCGUAUUGAUUGA